AUGCCAGUAAAGCAUCAGCUUCCCAUCAUCUGCCCGAUUCCUUAUUGUCUCACCGAAGAAACCUUCCUCUCGGCACUUCACUUUCCAUCACAAUUUCACGGAAACCAAGCGGCUAUGAGUGGGGUUAGCUGUGACAUCAGCCGAAGGCGUUCCUUCCUAGCUGGCCAGAACGGUCAUUCUAGCUUGGCCGGGGCUGAUCAUGUCAUGGGUUUACCUCUUGCUGCUUCAUCUAAAGGAACCACCAGCAGCUGCAGUGCUGGAAAUAGCGGUUCUGCGGACGGAGGCACUAAAACUUUAUCUUCACUGGCUAUCAGCCUUCGACCUAGUGGUAGCAUAUAUUCACUAAACUCCUACUUGGCCACACCCAUUGCAUCCUCUCCCACCGUCCCAUCAGCUACCACUACUACCUUACCUUCAUCUCCAGUUUCAUCAGCUUCAUGGACUCCACCUGGUCUUAUUCAUCCUUCCUCAUGGGCAUGGCCAGGAUCUGUAUCAGCAGCUGCUCCGACUGACAGGUACUCUAGAGUUUGCUCAAUCAACCAGGAAUUUACUUUUCCGGCAUUAUCUAGCUGUCCAGUUGGAAUUGAGGUGCCAGUUGCUGUCUGUUCUGAUAGCCUGACCAGACUAUUAACUUUGCCCGGUCCGGCAAAAAAUCAAUAUGCUAGCGAACCUUUUACCUUUCUGGGUAGUUUCGAGUGGACUGCAUCGCCGCACUUUCUGCACGUCUGUCCUCCCUAUGUUUUAGCUGUAAGUCAUGAAAACUAG